GUUUUUUGCUCUUGGAUGGGAUGGGACCAUUUAGUCACCUCUCUCUUUUCUCUCUUUCGGUUUCUUUAACUCGUGUUUUUGAUCACCUCUCUCUCUUUUCACGAUCACAGAAUCAGGGAAAAGGGUUUCUUUAACUCAUGGAUAGAUGUGCGGGUAAACGAUUGGUUGUGCCAGGAAAAGCAAGUGGCUCUGUACUACGUGAGAAUAUGUACAAGAAAGAUGAAAAUAAUGUUUCUUUCGGCAGACGAAUUGGUUGUAGUGCAAAGGUAACUCCCGGGGUUGGUUUUACGGACAACAACAGGAAAGUUGGUCGGCCUCCGAUUUGUUCUUCCUCAAAUGGAAAGGAAAUUGCUGGGAGUUCAUCUCGAACUACUCCGGGUGGAUUUGGAUACUUAAGAAAGCCAGCCAAAGGUAGGAGACAGCCGUCGUCUAAUUUGGAGACAGAGUCUUCGGAGACGAGCAGUGUUCAUGAUGAUUCAGCUGCAGCUGAGCCCACACUUCCACGCCUAAAGACUAAAAGAGGCAUUCAGUCUCAAAACACUGUUUCUGGAGGAGUGGUAAUGACAAAGGCAGGAAGAUCAAAUAGAGGAACAAGCACAAGUAGUCAUCAGGAAUCUGACUUGGACACUCGAGUGGGUCCCUCGGUUUCUUCAUCCUCUGGUAGCGACCGCACUGUAAGAGAUGGUCUGAGCAGGAAUGGAUUGAGGAACUUGAGGUGCAACUCUAUGUCUAAUGUUCUUCCAACUAGCUCAAGCUCGGCAACAAAAAUCAGUGUGAGUAAAAAGAAAAACUCUGAUGGAGAGAGCAGCUCCUCUAGCAAAAAAGGCAAUAAGAGUAGCGUGUCAGUGCUAAAGGGAAUGAAUCAAAGCUCUUCUCAUGAAAACGGAACCACACUUUCUGAUAACAGAAGGAAUCGUGUAGUACCAACUAUCAGGGAUAGUGGUGUUGUUUCAAGUAGUAGAUCAGGACGACGUGGAGCUGUUGCAUCCCCUGUUACCUCUAGACAAACACCUCACCGUGCAACACCAACCAAUUCCAGUUCUUCUCGUUCAUCAAAUAGUUACAGUAGGCAGAACAGGAGUACCGGCCGGUUACGUAGCUUGAUGCCUGGUAGCCCUUCUUUGGUGAACCGGGAUGGUUUAAGUCGCUACAACAUUAAUGGAAUUGCUGAGAUACUUUUGGCCCUGGAGAGAAUUGAACAUGAUCAAGAGCUUACAUAUGAGCAACUGGCCUCUUUAGAGACGAAUCUAUUCUUAAGUGAUAUGAUCAGAUUCUACGAUCAGCAUAGCGACAUGAGGCUUGACAUUGAUAACAUGUCAUAUGAGGAACUACUAGCUUUGGGAGAUGAAAUGGGUACAGUGAGCACAGCUCUAAGCGAAGAAGCACUCUCUAGAAGCCUAAAGAGAAGCAUCUAUCAGGAGACAGAUGAAACUGGUGCCAUUUCUCUGAAAAAGGAUGAUGAUAUCAAGUGCAGUAUUUGCCAGGAAGAGUAUGUUGAUGGAGAUGAAGUAGGGACUAUGCCAUGUGAACAUAUGUACCAUGUGAGCUGUGUACAACAAUGGCUGCGGAUGAAGAAUUGGUGCCCUAUCUGCAAAACCUCUGCGGAGGAGGAGAAGUCGUUGUAGUGAUAACACGCCACACCUAGCUUUAGCUUUGUGAGAUGAUUCCAAGAUGAUGCAGAUACAUUGUUUCUCUUUCGUCUUCACCAAGUGCUUGUCUCUACAUCAUCUUGUUCUCUCUCUACUUCUCUUCUUUUGUACAUAAAACACUUUUUUUUCUUUUGUCCCAGUUGGGUACAAAUAGGCAUAUAAGAUCAGGUGACAAUUUCCACUUGUAACAAAGCUCAACUUUUGAUUUGUACCUGAAACAUUUUGAGUUUAUACUACACUUUCUUUUUC